AUGACCGGCAACUUUAAAAAGGACAUGUUGAUCGAUGUUAUCGGCGUUGUUGAUGCUAUUGGAUAUCAACAAACCGGGAGUGGUGGGAAAAAACUGCAAGUGAAUUUCGUACUGAGGGAUGCAGCCAACAACACAAUGAACUGCACCCUUUGGGAGGACUAUGCCAAGCAGUUUUUCAAGUUUAGCGAGGAAAAUGCUUCGACAUCUGGACCAACUGUGGUUUUGCUUCUCUAUGCAAAAGUUAAAGAACAGGGCCAAUACCCCCUAUCGGUUACCAAUACAUUCCAUGUUACCAAACUCCUGAUCAAUCCUGAUUUGUGUUCAGUUAAAGAAUUCCUAAAUAGUUUCUCAAAAGAAUCAUUGCGUACCGUUUCAAGCCAGCUCAGCUCGCAUUCUCAGCAAUACUCCCGCAGCUCGGGUUCUGAUAACGUUAGACAGAGUGACACUCAAAAGUUGCUUAGUAAGGCUGUUGCUCUGCCAUUGAGUCGGAUUAAACAACUGCGCGAGGACACUUUCUGUGCUACGGUUGCAAAGACACGAAAAAUUAUCGCUUCUUCCUAUGGAUGGUACUACCGGUGUUGCCAUGCAUGCACGAAAUCGGCUCGCGGUGACAAACCUCCGUACGAAUGUGAUAAUCGCCAUUUGACUGAAACAGAAAUCUAUAAGUAUAAGAUUGAAGUUGAAGGGGUCCACCUUGAAACGUCUUGCAAGCUUAUUUUUUGGGACAGAGAAUGCACUCAGAUCUUAGGUGUCUCUGCUGCCCAAAUGCGGGACACAAUGAUACAGGCUGGUAUCACAGAUCCUUUGGAAUUUCCCCUCAAGCUUGAUGCCAUGACGGGCUUGGAUUUGGCUUUACGGGUUAGAUGGCAGCCCAGUUGGGACAGCUGCUCUGUUAUCAUGUUUGUAGCUGACAAGCCGUUUGUUAAACAAUUCGGUGCGCAAUGGCAGCCUACACAGAUAAAAGAGAGCGUCGAUGAAGCUAACACUGCUGCUGCCGAUGAUUGUGACAUUCUUACGGAUUUAGAAAUAACAUCCAAGCAUAACCCCGAUCCGCAAACACCCACUGCAAAAAGGCAAAACCAUGAUGGCUCAAGCGAAUCGACGACCGUGUGCGAUGGGGAACUUUCAUCGACAAAACUUAAAAAGAUCAUUAAGUUGGAGAAGAACAAAUAG